AUGGGAGGCUCCAAGAGAACACUAGCCGACAUACUAGACGCCGAUGAUAUCGACGACAUCCCUCUCCUUCGCAUCCGCCGUCCCCGUAUUGAUCCCGAUGCAUACCCUCCUUCGACCGAGCCCUUGAGCCAAGAUGAGAUCACCGCCCGUGUCAAUGAGUUCAAUGAACUUCGCCUUAACAGCCUGCCUCUCAAUCUCAUGACAGCCGAGUUCAAGCGCUACAUCUUUUGGCAUUCCAACUACCGCCUGGAACGAGCCAAACGCGAUGGCGCCACCCUCGCCGACAUCUCCAUUGGCCAAGAAUGCCUUCCAACAUGGCCUACCCAUACCUGGGAUCCGCGCGAGGAGUCUCUCCACCACAACAUCCAGUCCCGCCUCUUGACUCACGAAGCCUCCGGCCAUGCCAGCAAUCUCGUACGGCAAGACAUCAUCUGGAAGUCGAACAGGAAGCUCGAUGAAGCAAGAGCCUUGGGUCAGCAAUUGGAGGACAUUCGCAUCAGCGAGGGUCUGCUGCCUGUCUAG